GCUCAAAUUACCAUAUAAAAAGGAAAUACAUGCCGCUGAGAGAUACAUUUAUGUAGCUGUGAAACGGUUAAAUAUGAAGAGAAAUGGCUGGCUGGAAAUUGCAGUGUUCGUCUCUAAUGGUUUCACAAAAUGGCAGUUAGCUCAUUUGCGAACGGGGUUUAUAAAAGCGAUCAACUCCAGUAUCUCUUCUAAGAGCAUAAAGCACCAAAUGAUCAUUUUAUGAUGCAUUAAGGUAAAAAAAACAAUUAACUACAGCAUAACGCAUAUCUACCCACCGAAUUCUAACGUCGGCCGGCGUGACAAAGGCAAAGAUUAAAAGGAAAACACAAAAUGCAUUUAAUGACGUCCAUGUGAGACGGGCUCCGGCUGUGUCUUUCCUUUGAACCGCAAGUUUUUAAGAGUGACAAAACAGCAUUUCUGAGAUCUUGCGUUUGCAAUUAUUUUCUAAUAAUGAGAAUAUAUGUGGCUGGCCGCAUUGUUAGAAAUGUCAGGAGCUGAACACCUGGAAUUAACAGACUCGGGCACACACAAAAUUAUUCACAAUUGAUAUCGUACUUCCACGUUGAGCCACUAUAAAGUUAUGGUUUUUUUUUAGAAAGGCUAAGAUAUGAAGUUAAAGACCAAAGGUUUUGGUGAAUUUCGACAAUUGUUACGGUUGUCAACUGCUAAUAAGAAGGCUCUAUUCGCCAGGAUAUUGAAUAAAAACACCUGAGAUUAUGGGUAGAAAACGAGGGGCAGAAGACUAGAAAUGAUCUUACACUUGAAUUUACGAAGCCACAGCAAGAUAUAGCAGGAAUUGAUUCAUCUUUAUUUAAAUUAUUUAUUAAGGGCAUGGGACACAAAUCUUCCGAAUUGUUUUUCUGAAGUGAAUAAUUACUGGAGUCGCAUUGUGCUAAGCCGUAGUCGUCACCACUCACCAUGAUCAGUCCGUGCGAGAAUUUGAGCCCGCCAAAAACAUUACCAAAAGAACAAUGGGCAAAGAGAGAAAAAAAUAGUGAAGGAUUUAAGCCUGGAGUUAUGCAAGAAAAAAGAACAUUAUUCCAAAGAGACUUUGGAAGGGCUAACUGUGAAGUACGGCAGAGAAUUCGGAUUAACGUGAGUGGAGAAAUGUUUGAAACAUUUGAAGACACACUCGCAAGAUAUCCUACGACUCUGCUUGGUUCACAAAAUAAGAGAAGACGCUAUUUCGACCCGAGGCGAUGCGAGUAUUAUUUCGAGCGCGAUAGAACCGUUUUCAAUGCAAUUCUAUUUUAUUAUCAGUCGCCUGGUAUACUAUCUAAACCGUCUACCGUCUCUUACGAUAUAUUUGUACGAGAAAUGAAAUUCUUUGAGUUGGAAAGAUGCCCUCGAAACGGCGACAGAAAAAAAGAGAAAGGAUGCAGUUCAUCUCGGCGGACGAGGAAUUUACGAUCAAGAAUAUGGCAAUCUCUAGAAAGCCCUAUUUCUCCAAUCGAAAAAUUAAUCAACGCCUUAAGUGGAUUAAUGAUUUUAUUUUCUCUGGCUGUAUUUUGUUGGGAGACGCUUCCGAAUGUGCGGGAAAGCCAGCGCGCGAAAUACUACGUACAGACAAACGAAACUAUAGCUACCGACCAAAGAGUGAUGGAAACACGGUUUUGGUUUAUCGUGGAGACAGUGUUUUCAGGCUGGUUUACCCUGGAGUAUUUAAUGCGGUUAGCAACUGCUCCUAACACUUUGCACUUUGUUCUCUCAUUUACAGCCAUAAUUGAUUUCAUCGCUAUUUUACCAUUUUAUAUUUCUCUCAUUUUUCGUCCAGGCAAGCUAUCUGACAUCGUGUCAUUCCCCUUACUUCGGCUCGUGCGUUUAGUUCGGAUUCUCAAACUGAAAAGACACAGCACAAGUAUAAAGCUACUCUUCGAGACUAUUUACGACAGCAGAGAGGAACUCCAGUUAUUCCUUGUGUGUAUUCUCUUCAUUACAGUUCUCAUGUCAAGCGCACUGUAUUAUGCCGAGUGGGGAAGCGGCCAAUCACAGUUCAGCAGUAUCCCUGAUGUAUUCUGGUAUGCCGUUGUCACGCUUUCUAGCGUUGGAUACGGGGACUAUGUGCCAACAACGGCUCUCGGUAAACUGAUCGGCGCGACUUUUUGCGUGACAGGGGUUGUGGUAAUAUUCUGUUUCUCCCCUGUUCUGUUCGCAAAGUUUCGGCGAUGUUCUAGUCGGUAUUAUCAGGAGUUAGCAGAGCUUCAAAUUUAUCGGCAGGAAACUGACAGGAUCUACAACCAAAACCGAGAUCUUCCCGUUGAGCAAAGACCACCAAAGACACACAGAGAAGAAACCACGGAACUAAUAGAUAAAGGGUGAAUCACGGGGAUUGAAACCACAGAAAUGGUAUUUCACCCAUCAAAGGCUUUAAAUAUCUAUUUUUAACAAAGAUUAAGAUAAGGGUCAGUUGAGUUUUGGAAAUGGAUUUCCCACAUUCCGUAACGAUUCGAAUAAGCGGCCCCUCCCCAAUAAGCGCCCACCCCACUUGACUUUGAAUUUCGGAAUAGUAGGACAAUGAGCUUCCUAUUAAGGCCAUGAGCUUCCUAAUAAGGCCGAGCUUCCUAAUAAGGCCAUGAGCUUCCUAAUAAGGCCAUGAGCUUACUUCUAAAGGCAUGCAAUUUAUUCUUAUAAAGCCAAGUACUUCCUUUUAAGGUCAUACACUUCCUUAUAAAGCCACUUCUUUAAAGGGGCAUUUACUCCCUUUAAGCCCACGCAAUUUCUUAUAUAGCCAUGCACUUCGUUAUAAAAAAAAUCCGCAGGCAACAAUGGCCGCCCUAUUCAGUAGGUACUCCAUUUAUGAUUCCUUGAAGUGUCACGGCAUGCCGCUCUAUGGUAUCCAUACCGGCAGUGACACUUUAGUCAGUCAUACAUGAAGGACCUACCCAUUUAUUAUAUCCACCCGCGGGCUCAGGGUAAAUGCACAACCAAUUUGAAGGUGCCAAUUUGUCAGUAUUCCGAAGAAAUACUGGUUAUCGUUUUAUCACCAAGAGAGGUUUACCCUAGGCCUUGCGAAGGAGACAGGGAUGACGAAUAUCAGAUGCUACUACACGCAGAGCCAAUCAAGUCAUUUACAACCUGACGGCCAAGUCUACAUCCGGCAAACUGCCUUUAGUGAAUGAACAAUACGAGAAUAAGAUGAUAAUGGAUGUUUUCAGUUCUUGA